AUGAGCACCAAGAGGUGGAUCUUUGACAAAGAUCCAGCUUUCCCCGAGAAUUUUGAGCCCCAUAAGAUUUCAAAGUGUGCACUUGAGCUGAUUGACGUGGGGCCAGUCGAUGAACUCUUCGAUGACGACCCUGAUAGACUCGUGCAUUGCAUUCUUAGGGUUAUGCUGGAUCCUGCGCUAACAACAGAAAGUACCUAUGCGCCAACUAACACAUAUAGCCUUGUUCUGGAUGUGACCAAGGAGAAUUCUGAUCCUCCAGCAGAGAAUGCAAGGUCACUCCCAGUUGAGAUGGUAAUCAAAGCAUGUACCUAUAUGGGUCAACACCGGCAUGCUAUGAGGGUAAUAGAUCUACCGGUGAAUGGAAACAAGACAGUAGGCUACUUUCUUCACACUUUAAAGACGCCUGGGCUGAACACCUGUGAGUUUAUCCGCGAAAAUGGGCUUCAGAUUGGUUGCAGAGACUUUAUGUCCCAAGUAAUCCGUCUACUCAUUGAUGCUAGCUUUCUAGCCAUUCCUGAAGGUUCUCAAUCCGCGUUGUUCAAAAGCUUCAACUCGAUCCCCACCGACACCAUGGUUGACAAGCAAUCCCCGGUGACCCAGGCAGUUUUCGCUACAUCUUUUAAUACGCUCUUGCCGCUUCGAAAUUCUUCUUAUUCCGUUGACUUUGAACCCGCGGUAUCAUAUCCCGAUUGA